UAUUUACUGAAACUACUAAAUACUUUUUUUUUUUUCAAUUGCUGGGUAUGACGUGUUUGCACUUGAAGAGGAGUGACAGAGAAAGGUGGAGGGCUAAAGAGAAAGAAAGAGAGAGAGAGACAGAGCGAAAGAAAGAAAGCCUUCACAGUUUGACCCUUGGAGCUGCCAAGUACAAACAGACUGUUAUAAAAAGGAAAGCGUUCUUUAUUUUUACCCCUCUUCUUCGUUCUUUUCUACUGCCUGCCUGUCUUUUGUGUCUGUUUAAAAUGAAGCAUACAGCCAUGCUAGCGAAGUCUAGCAUCCCACAGCACAACACAACACAGCAAGGCAAUGCGAAAGGAUGCCACUGAGAAAGACAGAGAGAGAGAGACACUAUUGGUGCUGCAUCCAUUCUUUCCUCACGUGCUGCUUUUGUUUUCUCUUUAGCUUUGUUUUCUUUUUCUUUUUUAUUUCGCUCCGUUCGGAUGGAGCCGACUCUUGAAGCGUGAAGGGAUAGAUGGAACCGAGUCAUCAUCUUGCAUCACCUGCAUGGCGACAUGGCGCUGACGGACAGUGCGCUGUCUGUGUCCCUGUACACACACCUUGUUUUAAAAAACAUGGAGUCAAACUGGGGUGUUUGAAAUAUCGAAAGUGGCAGCAUAUCUUUUUGCUGGGACUGUGGACUGUUUUUAUCAUUUCCAAAUUUUUUGUAGAUCAGAACAGAAAUGUUCAAAAUGCAUUUCACACUCACACACAAAACAACCCAAAAGAAAACAAAAAACAACAUGCUGUACUUGUAUUUUUAUACAUGUACAUUUUUUUGCCAAUUGUGAUGAUUUGAAAUGGACAGACGAUGCAGUUUUAUGCCUUCCUGUCACCUUUACUUGGAACUGUUAUUCUGCAUGAUGCUAACGUUUUUUAGACUCUCUUGUGCCCCUCAGAGGCGUGGGAGGAUGGUUAGUAUUCCAAGAACCUGGACCCUGUUUCUCGAAAGGAUUGUUGCUAACCAGUUAGCAACUUACUAAGUUUCCAAUGGGAAAAUGCAUUGUAACACAGUAAGUUGCUAACUUAGUUAGCAACAAUGAUGUCGAGAAACACACCCCUGGUUAACUGAUUAAACCUGGCUAAGUUAACGGUCAGAAAGUGCUAAACCUGUUAAUAGACAACCCGCAGUCCACCUUCAGUCAAGAAAAUGAGGACUCCAGGCUCUUCUAUUAGAUGAUUUAACACUACCUCAUGGUUAAUCUAACCUGGUAUACCAUUGAGCCAGGUUCUUGGAAUACAUACCCCCCUGGUGGUACAAGAGUGUUUGCUUGUGCUUUUCUGGGGAUGGCUUGCUUUCUUUAUACAGGAGAACAGGGUGUUACAAGGUUGCACUAGGACAUGAUAAUGUUUACACGGGUUUGUUUGUUUGCUUGUUUGUUUGUUUGUUUGUUUGUUUGCUUGUGGGAGUCCCAAUCCAACACUCACACACUCUCACACACACACACACACACUCACAGGAUGAGGGCAAGGCUUGGAUAGUCAAGUGAAUGUAAGCUCUCAGACUGCUUCUAAAAACAGGCCCCCAAAUGAACCCACACAAGGACCAGCAUCCUACAAACACUUACAGAGAGGGAGCGUGAGCUUGGACGAGAAGAGGAAAAUGGUGCUUGCCAGAAGUGGACAUCCUGGGUGCAGAAAGUAGAAACGAUGUCAUGCAUUUCUACGUUUGGCUGUGUCGUGUGCACUAAACACAGUGGAUUUCACUAAUUAGCUUACGAGGUGGCGCUAACUCAGAAUAGACUGGUUGGUUCAGAAUACAGUAUGGUGAGAAUAUAUGCUGUAUAAGAUUCUCAUUCCCCGGGUGUCCACUUCUGGUGCUAGUUUUUUUUUUUUUCUGUUCUCACUUUGGGCCACACACACACACAUACACACGCACACGCACACACGAGCGCGCAAGCUCCUUUUUGUGUUGUUGUCUGCAUCAUGUCCUGUACACAGCUUUGGGCUUGCGUGAAAUGGUGCCACAUGUGGUCCAACUCUUCAGUCAGCUGUACUGUAGAUAGUGACAGAGAGUCAAAGAAAAAGGGUCUUCCAUAGCCCUGGAACACUGCAUUAAGGACCUUUGAUUUGGGGGUGGUGGAUGAAGCAAUUCUAAUGACUUUUGUUGUGUGUGAGUGUUUUUCCAUAGACAUGAUAUGAAUCUUAACAGCUAUACCACAGUAGUCCUUUGUCAUCUCUGUUAGGGUUUCUGCAGGACAAAAGUGUCCAUUUGCAUCCAUUUGCUGGUCUUUUCUUUUGCCCGUUUUGAAUGUGGGAUAACAGCAGUGGUCCCCAAACGUGUUUGAAUGGGAUAUGUGUCUCUGUGUGUAUCCGUGUGUGUGGUUGUUGUAGUUGUCUUUCUGGAUUAAAAAAAAAGUACUUGCUUUCCUAUGAAGCCCAAUGCAAUGCAGAACUGUCAACUGCUAAAUCUUCCCUGCUAACAAAGAGAGACAGAUAGAUAGAUAGACCGAGAGCUGAUGCUCUUCGUCAGAAGACAGAGACCCCUGAUGCUCGUGUAGACAAAAGGGUGUGGGAUCAGUGCCUUAUUGGAAAGCAUAGCCGAUUUCUUUAGCUUUGCACAUUAGCUUGCUUACAGCACUGCAAAACAGAAGACUCAAACGUUCUUCAUUUGUG